CAACAUUUUUGGUAUUCUGUCAGUUAAAACAAAACCAUGGACCCUGAUUACUUCAGAUCGUAUGAGAUGUGUUGGGGCACCCUUGGAACGAUGCGACCCUUCUCUAAUUUCCAUCCUAAUCGGGAUGCCAUCGAGAUCAAGGCAGCGCUGGAGAAGAAAGAUGCAGGUACUCUGGUGAGGAUCCUAACCAAUCGAGACAGCGCUCAGAGACAAGUGAUCGCCCAAACCUUUGAAGAACUCACACAGAAGGACCUUGCUACUGGUGUCAAGAAAGCUGUGGCAGGAGACCUUGAGAGCAUACUACUGGAGCUGCUGAUGCAUCCUCUGCAGUACGAGGCUCACCGCUUCCAGCAGGCCAUGGCGGGUUUAGGCACUGAUGAGGAAACACUACUAGAGAUGUUGUGCACACGAUCUGGAAAGCAGCUUCAAGAAAUCAGUGCUGUAUACCAACAAUUGUAUAAGAAGGACCUGGAAAAGGAACUGAAAGGAGAAACCAGUGGAGACUUUGCUAAGCUUGUUGUGGCUUUGCUAAAUAAAGAAAGUGUUGCUGGUUCGGUUCAAAGAGAUGUUCAGGCUCAAAACUAG